CCCGUGACCUACCCCGAGGGCUUCCUGGUUGUCUCUCUGAGGGGCAACCCCAAAUUCCGCCCCCAGCUUUUCCUUAAGGGCCGCACGGUCCCCACCCUUUUCUGGCCGCCGGCGACCGCCGUUUAGGGUCGUCUUACCCAUUUUCCCAAGAGUGACCCCAGGACCACAUCCUUUGUGGUACCUUCCUCUCUCCCUGAUUCUAGAUUAUAGCUUUCCGGAGAAAGAAAAAACAGUAAGGGGAUUUGGAGGAGGGGGAUGGGAGCAGGGCUGUAGUUAACGUAUUAUUACUGGUUUACUGCUAGAGGGAAUGAAUGCCCCCAAAGAACUUGGGAAAACGAAGGAGGCAUCAGAAUUUACCAUGAUGGCUGUGACCUAAAAUCCUUAGGAAACCUCGGGGUCAUGGCCCAGAAGCACCCUGGAGAAAGAGGGUUGUGUAGAGCCCACCACAGUGGUGGUGCCUCCCUAAGGACUUCAGGACUCUCUGUGGACCCUGAAAUACAUUCAUCCUCAGGACUCAGGGACUCACAGGGGUCUGCUCCUAAUGGUACCCGCUGCCUCCCAGAGCACUCUAGUACUAAGUACACACAGCCGCCAAACCCAGCCCAUUGGUCGGAUCCAAGCCAUGGCCCCCCAAGGGGCCCAGGACCCCCUGGGGAUGGAGAGGACCCUGAUCAGAGUGAGGCAUCUUCAGAAGAAGAGUCUGGAGUGGACCAGGAACUCUCAAGAGAGAAUGAGACUGGGUACCAGGAAGAUGGGAACCCUUCUUUUCUUUCCAUUCCAUCUGCUUGCCACUGCCAGGGAACCCCUGAAGUCCCUGAAGGGCCUUACUCUGAGGGAGGAGAGAGCUCUUCUAGCAAUUUUUGCCACCAUUGUACCUCUCCAGCUGUGGGGGAAGAUGAAGAAUUGGAAGAGGAAUAUGAUGAGGAGGAACCUCCUAAGUUCCCCAGUGAUUUUUCACGUGUGACCAGUGAGAAGAAACCACCACGGAGACAGCGGCACCGUCUUCCAGCCAAGGAGGAUACUCGGGAGGGUGGACGCAGAGAUCCCAGGCCCCCUGGGCGACAUCGGCUGGGCCGGAAGCGAAGUCAGGCAGAUAAGCGCAGAGGCCUAGGAUUGUGGGGAGCAGAAGAACUGUGUCAGCUUGGACAGGCAGGCUUCUGGUGGCUGAUUGAACUGCUGGUUCUGGUGGGAGAGUAUGUGGAAGCUUGUGGCCAUAUCAUCUAUGCAUGCAGGCAGCUGAAAGGCAGUGACCUGGACCUUUUUCGAGUCUGGGUGGGAGUCUGGGCAGGGCGGUUGUGGGGCUGGGCCCAGGUGAUGUUCCAGUUUCUCAGCCAGGGGUUUUGCUGUGGGGCAGGGUUGUUCACCCAUGUUCUUAGGCUGUUGGGUGCUUUGCUGCUCUUGGCCCUGGCUCUCUUGUUGGGCUGUCUCCAGUUAGGCUGGCGGUUCCUGAUGGGAUUGGGUGACCGGUUAGGCUGGAGGGGUAGAGCAACAUGGCUCUUCUCUUGGGUGGAUACUCCCACUUUGCAGCGUUGCCUGAUUCUGCUAAGAGAUAGCAGGCCAUGGCAGCAGCUGGUAAAAAUGGUUCAGUGGGGUUGGCUGGAGUUUCCUUGGGUCAAGCAGAUGAGUAAUAGGCAGGGGAAUGCACCUGUAGCUGGUGGUCCCUACUGCCAGCCUGAAGAGGAAGUGACUCGACUCUUGACCAUGGUUGGGGUUCCUGAGGAUGAGCUAAACCCUUUCUAUGUGUUGGGGGUUGAAACCACCGCAUCAGAUGUUGAACUGAAAAAGGCCUACAGGCAGCUGGCUGUGAUGGUUCAUCCUGAUAAAAAUCAUCAUCCCCGAGCUGAGGAGGCCUUCAAAGUUUUGCGGGCAGCUUGGGACAUUGUCGGCAACCCUGAAAGGCGAAAGGAAUACGAGAUGAAACGAAUGGCAGAUAAUGAGCUGAGCCGGUCAGUGAAUGAGUUUCUGUCCAAGCUGCAAGAUGACCUCAAAGAGGCAAUGAAUACUAUGAUGUGCAGCCGAUGCCAGGGAAAGCAUAGGAGGUUUGAAAUGGAUCGGGAAGCUAAGAGUGCCAGAUACUGUGCUGAGUGUAAUAGGAUGCAUCCUGCUGAGGAAGGAGACUUUUGGGCAGAGUCCAGUAUGUUGGGCCUCAAGAUCACCUACUUUGCACUGAUGGAUGGAAAGGUGUAUGACAUCACAGAGUGGGCUGGAUGCCAGCGUGUAGGCAUCUCCCCAGAUACCCACAGGGUCCCCUAUCACAUCUCAUUUGGUUCUAGGAUCCCAGGCACCAGUGGACGGCAGAGAGCCACCUCAGAUGCCCCUCCUGCUGACUUUCAGGAUUUUUUGAGUCGGAUCUUUCAAGUACCCCCAGGCCAGAUGUCCAAUGGGAACUUCUUUGCAGCUCCUCAGCCUGGCCCUGGGGCCACUGCAGCCUCCAAGCCCAACAGCACAGUACCCAAGGGAAAAGCCAAACCCAAGCGGCGGAAGAAAGUGAGGAGGCCCUUCCAACGUUGACACCCCUUCUUUUCUUUCCUCAAAUCAAUGUCAGGGAGUCAAAAGGGCUGUGUACAGCACAGGUUGGAGUUUGACUUGUUUAUUUUUUAAUAUUUAAAAAAGGGAAAAAUUUAAACUCAGAUUGUUAACUCAGUACUUGUAGGAAGUCCUGGAAGCACUCUCCCUCCUCCAUCAGCACCCAGAAACUGAAUCUUGUCUUCUGACAAUACCAAAGAAAAGGGGAUGGCUAGAGCAAAGGACCUCGGGCCUGGGCUGGACAGCAUCUCCCAUAGUAGUGUGGUAACUGGGUAUUUCCCUUGGUUCUGUAUGCCUUUGUCUUGUCUUCUGCUUCUCUUUUUCAACGACAGGUCUGCCUGAUUUUCUUGACCCAUUUCAGGAGGGAGCCUCCUCCUUUCCUCCAAUAUACUAGUUAAAAGAACAAGAAAGCAUCUAGUCCUAAAUGUAGGACAUACAUUAUAUAUAGUUCAGUGUGGGAACUCUCGAGUUUUUCCUCUUUCAGCUUGUGGGUGAUCACCCAACUUGCUUGUUGCUGCAGGAUCGCCAAAACUAAUACUUUUUAAACAGUAGACUCAUCCCCUCUGCCCUUGGUUGAGGGGGAAGGAUAAAGGGGCUUCUGGCAGCCCCCUUAAGAUCCAAGGGUUUGUAUUUUUUUAAGUUUAUUCAUAUUUGUAUGUACAUAUCUAUUUAAAGCCAGGGGAUUAUCUUUCUAUAAAUACACAACUGACAACCUGUAUCUUCCCUCUUUUCUUUGCCCCUAUGGCUGCAGCCUUUUUUCUCACUGGAGAAUCUUUUUUUCCUAAGUUAUCUGAGAGUGAAGGGGCACCUCCUACUGGACCAAGGAAGAGGGGAUAAAAAAUACCUUAGAGAAGUUUUGUGUAGUAAAUCACUUCCAUUUUUUUCCCCCAGCCUUAUGAAGACAUUUCCCUAUCCUUUUUGCUGACCAAACUGUAGCCAUAUCUGAAAAAGAUUAUCUUUAUUAUGAGGAAAAUACGCAGCAAAACAGACUUGGAAGGUGAGGGGAAUGGAAACACUUGCUCCAAAUAAGUUACCCAAACAUGGCUUUUUGCUGUGGAGGAGGUGAUUUAGCCCUUACCUCACCUGCCUUUCCUGAUUAAAAGAAAGCUGCUCCUAGUAGGGCUGGGCCCACAGAGUUCCAUCUUCCAAUGUGUUCUCUUCCUGGAAGUCUGGGAAGGAUGAUACAACCCUUUGUUCCAAUGUAAUCCCCAGGUCCAUCCCUCGGUAUUUGUUGACGCCAAAAAGAUGAACCCCAUGGAAUUGGGGCAGCUUAGGCAGCAGUACGGUGAGCAGUGAGGCUGUGUUGACGAGGAAGUGAGCAGUCAUACUUAGUGUAGAAGCUGACCAGGAGGUAGCUGGAGAGAGAAGAAGUAGGUUGAAGUUGGUUGGCCUUGGCUCUCCCUAUGUGUAUUCAUGCCUCUCCAGGGACUUUACCUUCUAUUUUAAAUGACCAAUUAUACUGCAUGAAUCUUAGGAUAUCUGAAAAUAUUCCAGUUAUAUUAACAGUAUAUACUUUGGGGUUGGGGAGAAAAUCAGAUAGUACCUUUAACUAACUUAUGUUAGUUGUGUGUUUCUAAAUUGUUAAUGACGUGGCAAAUGGCAGCUGAAGCAGUUUCGGCCUGUAUGACUGUUGGAAUCCUCUUUGCUUCCACUCCCCACAGUCAAGUUUUCACAGCUUUACAUCAGUUCUGCUUUUGGAAAUGUAAAGUCACUUCGUUUUACUUA